GCAGAGGUUGGUCUCACAGAAGAAGUAGUGUCGCUUCCUACCGUCUGUUUCCGUCAGCACGUGUUUACCAGUGGGGAAAAACUCUCGGCGGAUUUCCUACUUUGUAAUUUGCGUCUGCAAAUUUCCUCGUCAUGUUCGAACAUCUCGGUUUGAUCGGAACCAUCGGAGAUGAUGAGCAGAGUCCAGACGAGCCGGAUUCGCAAUCGGAUUCAGAGGACCAACCCAUCAUCCUGAACCGCAAAAAGAAGUUGGGGACUCGCGGAGCUGGCGACUUCAACCUGGACUUCCAGUUUGGUGAGCAAGUUCCCGAGGAGAACCAGGACUGGGUCAUGGCCGAUGUCCUGAAGCAGCUGAAGAAAAAGAGAAGCCUGACAACCCUCGACCAGAAGAUCGAGAAGGUCCGGAAGAAAAGAAAAGCCGAAGAGAAAGCCACAGGAGAUGCUGGGAUAAAGGAGGACGAGACAGCAAGUGGAAGCCAAGAUGACGACGACGAUGACGAUGAUGAUGAUGACGAUGACGAUGAUAAUGAGGAGGAAGAUGAUGAGUUUGACUCUGGCGAUGAAAAGAUCCUGACAAAGUCCGACACACUGAGAGAAAAGGGCCGGCGAGGGAGGGGAAAGAAGGCUGCAGAGGAGGUCGCAGAGACAUUUUCUGGAGAUGCGUCUCAGUUUGAUGACAAACUGACGUUUGACGACAUGAACCUGUCUCGCCCCAUCCUGAAGGCCAUCACUGCUCUGGGCUUCAAGCAGCCCACUCCGAUCCAGAAGGCUUGUGUUCCGGUGGGUCUGCUGGGUCGAGACCUGUGUGCCUGCGCAGCCACAGGAACAGGAAAGACCGCCGCCUUCAUGCUGCCUGUGUUGGAGCGUUUGGUGUACAAACCGAAGACGUCGCAGGUGACCCGGGUGUUGGUUCUUGUUCCUACCAGAGAGCUGGGGAUCCAAGUUCACUCUGUAGCCCGUCAGCUGGCGCAGUUCACCUCCAUAACAACCUGUCUGGCUGUCGGCGGUUUGGACCUCAAGUCUCAGGAGGUGGCCUUGAGAGCAGGACCUGAUGUUCUCAUUGCAACUCCAGGUCGCCUUAUUGAUCACCUUCACAACACACCGAGCUUUGAACUGACCAACAUUGAGAUCCUGAUCCUGGAUGAGGCUGACAGGAUGUUGGAUGAAUAUUUUGAAGAGCAGAUGAAGGAGAUUAUUAGACUAUGUUCAUACAACCGACAGACCAUGUUGUUUUCAGCUACAAUGACAGAGGAGGUGAAGGAUCUGGCUGCCGUCUCUCUGAAGGAGCCAAUCAGAAUCUUUGUCAACAGUAACACCGACGUGGCACCGUACCUGCGGCAGGAAUUUGUGAGAAUCCGAGCCAACAGAGAAGGAGACCGGGAGGCGGUGGUGGCAGCUUUGCUCACCAGGACCUUCCAGGAUCACGUGAUGGUGUUCACCCAGACCAGGAAACAAGCUCACAGGCUGCACAUCCUGCUGGGACUGAUGGGCCUGAAGGUGGGAGAACUGCAUGGAGAACUGAGUCAGAACCAGAGACUGGAGAACCUCAGACGAUUCAAAGAUGAUGAGAUCGACAUCCUGGUGGCCACGGAUGUAGCAGCUCGUGGGCUGGACAUCGAUGGCGUGAAGACUGUGAUCAACUUCACGAUGCCGUCAACAGUGAAACACUACGUCCAUCGCGUCGGUCGCACGGCCAGGGCGGGUCGGUCUGGACGCUCCGUGUCUCUGGUGGGUGAGUCGGAGAGGAAGAUGUUGAAGGAGGUGGUGAAGUCUGCGAAGAGCAGCGUCAAAGCUCGAGUGCUGCCAGCUGAAGUGGUAUUGAAGUUUCGAGACUUGAUUUCAAAACUGGAGACAGAUGUUGAAGCUGUGGUAAAGCUGGAGCGAGAAGAACGAGAGCUGGCUGCUUCUGAGGCCAAGUUGAGCGUCGCACAAAAGCGCCUGAAUGGUACAACCUCAUCUGAGUCCCAGAGAGUUUGGUUUCAAACGCAACAGGAACGAAAACAGAGUCGGGUGUCGAAGGCACUGCAGGAGUUCGACCUAGCUCUCAGGGGAAAGAAGAAGAGAGAGAAGUUUCUUAAAGACGGCAGGAAAAAGAAAGAUCUGACUGCAGAGGACCGCGCCCAGUUCGAGAUUCUGAAGGCUCAGAUGUUUGCAGAGCGAGCCGCUAAGAGAGAGCGACGGGCAAAGAGAGCACGAGUCAUGCCAGAGGAGGAGCCAGUUCAGAAGAAAGCGAACAAGAAGACAGGAAGCGCAGGACGUGCUAAGUCGUCGUUUGACAAAGAGCUGACCAACACGAGUAAGAAGAACCUGAAGAACUACAGAGCAGGGCCGUCCUUCAUGGACAGGAAGCGUCUGGGACUGGACAGGAAGCGCGGCGGCAGCAGGUUCAAAAGGAAGUGAAGCAGAAUGUCAUUGGUCAAUAAAGUUGUGUUUGAAAUGA